CACUGCUGCACUUCUAAAGAAAGAAGAAAAGGAGAUGUGUAAUUUAUGCGGCAUGCAUGAUGAAUGUACUCCACAGCAGACAAUGUCCUCCAUUCAAGAUACCAAAGCAGCAGACAUUGCUGCAAGAGGGGAACGAAAUGUCAUAGAAACAGUUACUGUUUCUCCCACAAAUGGAGAGGACAGUCAUUACACAAACCAGGUCCAGUUAGAAAAAAAUAAAACACAUAUGAGUUCAGCAUUAGUGGAAAAAGAAAACAAUACAUCACUAAAAGGAUGUGUACUGGGGCAAGAAGAGUCACAGAACAAAAUGUUCCCAGAUAAUGCAGAAAAUGAAGAUGAUAAACAAAUGGAACACAUGACUGUUGAGAACAUAAACGGCAACAGGAAAGAGAUUCAUGGCAUAAUCCAGACAACAGAGAGAGAAAUUCAAGAAACCUCAGAAAGCCCAAGAGAAGAGAUGACCACGUCCUCAAUAAUAUGUGAUAUCUCCAAGAAAUAUAUAAAUAGUACUCUUCCCAAUGAUUCAGAGAAUAUAAAGCACAAGAAUAACAUAAUGGAAAAGGAGUAUCUUGAUGUGCUGAGUGAUGAUACUGACCCCCAAGUGUCUUGUUAUAUUACAGCACCAUCAUAUGUUCUACAACAACUGGAAUGCCGGAUAAUAAAUAACAUGAGUUCUUUAAUAGUGGGUGAUAAUGAAGAGUUAGUUAGCAACGUCGUAACUAUUGAAUGCUCAGAUAAGGAAAAGAGAAUUCCAUUUCCAAUAGGCAUUGCAAUUCCAUUUACUGCACGUUACAGAGGAAAUUACAGAGAUAUCAUGGUGAAAGUGUGUGACACAAACCUUCAAUCAAGUUACCUAAACCCAAAUUCACUGGAAGGAAUGAAGGGAGGUUAUAAGGGGACUUGUGCUUCAGUAAAAGUUUACAAAUUGGGUGUCUUUUCUGUUGUGUCUUGUUUAAAGAAAGAGUCAUUCACAGUAACAAAGAAAGGCCUCACUCUUAAGUCAAGCAUGGAUUCCCGAAUAUCCUUAAGUUACCCUCCAGGAGUUUUUACCUCUCCAGUACUUGUGCAGUUAAAGAUCCAACCAGUUGACCCAGCUCUGGUGGCACAUUUAAAAGCACAGCAAGAUACUUUCUACUCAGUCCAAUCUACAAGCCCUCUGAUUCACAUUCAGCACCCAUCAACUUAUCCUUUUCAGAAGCCAGUGACUGUAUUUUUACCUUGUUCUCCAUACCUUGAUAAAAACAAUCUUGAUUCUGAGAUAGAUCAUAAAAGACGAGCAAGUGCCACAAUAAAUAGGAUUACAUCUUCAUAUUUCAGCUGGACAAAAAGUGCCUCCAUAAGAAAACCUGGGAAAAAUGCCAGUGAAUGUUUGAAAUUACUGGGAUUCAGAAGCCAAGACAGUGGUUGGUGUGAGCUUUAUGAUGUUGUUGUGAAAACCAUACAGAGUGGGUUGAUAUCAGUUGAACUGAAUGAACAUUUGCAGAGGUUUAUUGUACUUCACCUCUCUUCCACCAUGGACAAUAGUCAUUUGGUUACUUUUGUGAAAUCUUUAGAGGAAGCCAUGCUCAGCACCACUGCCUGCAUAGUGCUGUCUCACCAGAAGGACAAUCCACAUAGAAUAGCUGUUUUAGUGGUGCCUUCCAAAGAUUUAAGCCAGGCGCUUAAGAACCUGCGCUUGGAAGGGUUUGGGGGACCUCCAGAGCCAUCUCGUCAUUUCCAAGUUCGAGAAGGAGAACAACUUCUUUUAAGAUUUACUGGAAACAUAUUUGCUUCAAGUAAUGGGAAAGAUUAUGGAAAAGACUACACACUUAUUUUUCACUUGCAAAGAAAACCUAGGCUGGAACUCCAAAUCAAAGAAGUGGACGAAUUUGGAAACUAUAGCUGCCCUCAUUAUAAAGGCACCAUUGUCGUUUAUAAAGUACCUAAAGGAAAGAUAGUCCCCAACUUGAAUCAAUCUCUCGUAAUUAAUGAAAACCAUUCUCAGUUGCCAAUUUGCAAAUUACCAUUGAAAUUGCCAAAGCAUAAGAAAUUAAUCAACCGUCCACAGAGUACCCAAAGAGUUUCUAAGGAUCCUGUAGAAGCCCUUUGGGAUAACUUGCUCCAUUGGUUGGCUGAGGAGCUCUCAGAAGAAAAUGCUGAGUCUCUUUCGUCAACUCUCCCUCUGCACCGUAGCACCAUUCAGCUCAUCAAACUCAAGAACCCUAAUGAUCUCACAGAACAGAUCCACGAGUUUCUUUGCUUCUGGAAAAAAUCACUUCCAACUUUCACUGACAAACUUCGCCUCCUGGCUCGACAUCUCCGCAAGAUUGGCAGGAGCGAUCUUGCAGAAGAGCUCAAAUUCAAGUGGGAAAAUAAGGUGUUCACUGAACCACAGCAGUGGUUUGAUGGGUUUGAUGUAGCAGCCAAGUAAAAGCCUGAUCACUCUUCCUUUACCCCUAGGAAAAGGCACAUGGUGGGUUUUUAAGACUGUUUCUGUUAACAUUUUCCUAGCAGUUUCCAAAUGAUAUUAUUUGAAGUCAGUCUAUUUAAUGAUGUGCUAUUGAGAAAUCAGAUGAGACAAAGGGAGAAGCACAGAUCAGACAAUAGAAAGCAUUCCUGGGUGUGAGCGCUCCUCUCUGGUUGAGUGAUUAUGUUUUGCAAUCAUGAGUGUCUUCAGUUUGGCCUCACUUAAUAGCAUUUGCAAUUGAGUUUGACUUGUUCACAUUUUAAAAGCUGAGUGUGAAGAAAAGAUCUGAUAUAUGUAAUUACUUAUUAAUUUGCUAUCUACAUAAAAUUAAACUGGUUUUCCAUGAUUUCAAGUGUGAACUCAAAAAUAUCUGAGACAGUUCUCAAUCAAUUCAGAAAGAUUAUUUUGCCAAGGUUAGGGACACAGCCUCAGAAGAUCCUGAUGACAUAUACUCAAGGUGGUCGGGGUAGAGCUUGCUUUUAUGCAUUUUAAGGAGUUAUAAUACAUCAAUCAAUACAUGUAUGAUAUACAUUGGCUCAAUCUGGAAAGAUAGGACAACUCAAAGCGAGGGCUUCCAGGUCAUAGGUAGAUUUAAAGAUUCUUGAUUGGCAUUGAUUGAAACAGUUAUUAUCUAAAGACCUGGAAUCAACAGGAAGGAAAUGCCUGGGUUAUGAUAAGGAGUUAUGGAGACCAAAGUUUUAUAAUGCUUAUGAAGCCUCCAGGUAGCAGGCUUUAGGGAGAAUAGAUUGUAAAUAUUUCUUAUCAGUCCUAAGGUCUGUUGAUGUUUAUGCUGGUCAGCUUUUCCUGAAUUCCAAAAGAGAGGAGGGCAUUAUGAGGCAUGUCCAACCUCCCCUUCCCAUCAUGGCCUGAACUAGUUUUUCAGGAUAACUUUGGAAUGCCCUUGGCUGAGAGGAGGAGCUUGUUCA